CAGCGCGGCUGUACGUCGGGGGCGGGGCCCGGGUUGCCUGCCGCAGUAGCAGCAGCUUGACUCUCUGAGCCUCAGCAGCGGCAGCGGCGGCGGCUUAGCUCGAGUUCCCAGCCUGCCUCGCGGCUCCAUUUGAGCCCCAUCUUGAGUGAGGGGAGCGAGCAGUUUGAAUUUGGAGAAAGAGAGAGAAGGAAGGAGAGAAGGAAGGAAGGAGAGGCUGCGAGGGGAGGGGAGAGGAGGCGAGGCGCGCCUGCCUGAGGGGCCCCUCUCUCUCUCUCUCUCUCUGUCUCUCUCUCUCUGUGCGCGUGAGGAAGAUGCGCGCGGGGGAAGCUCUCCGGCGCGAGGCGGCUUGAGGCCUGGGAGGGAGUUGGGGGCCUCGACGGCGGCGAGGAAACUCCACACAGAAGAGGGGAGGGAGAGGAGGCCUGCCUGGCUGCUUCCCUUCCUUCCAGCCCGCUUUCCUUCCUUGAGGGGAGGAAGAGGAGGAGCCCAGCCGCCGCCCCCCGCCUCCCUCGCGGCCUUGCCUUCCCCUCCGCACCGCCAGGCCUCGGGCCCGCCUGCUGAGGCCGGAGGAAUGCGCGGCAACGCCGUAGACAGAACGUGAUCCGCGACUCCGGCCUUCUCCCUUCCUCCUUUUCCUCCGUCUCCGUCUCCUCCCUCCCUUCUCUCCCCUCCUUCUCUCCCUCGGCACCAUGUCCAAGAUGCCGGCCAAGAAGAAGAGCUGCUUCCAGAUCACCAGCGUGACCACGGCCCAGGUGGCCAGCAGCAUCACGGAGGACACGGAGAGCCUGGACGACCCGGACGAGUCGCGCACCGAGGACGUCUCCUCCGAGAUCUUCGACGUCUCCCGCGCCACCGACUACGGRCACGAGGACGACGCCGCCUGCCAGCGCAGCUCCUCCGAGGAGACCCUCAACAACGUCGGCGCUGAGGCUGCUGCUGCUGAGACUCCCGGGACGGUGUCGCCCAACUUGGUGCUGGACGGGCAACUGGCGAUGGCGAUGGUGGGAGGGAUGCCAGGUCCUUCUCCCUCCAACGGAGGAGGCGCCGUGCCGAGGAUUGGCCCCCCGGGAAGCGGCGGGAACGCGCAGGCGGGGUCUGCUUCUGCUUCUUCCUCUUCCUCGGCUGCCUGCAGCUCUCGCUUCCGGGUGAUCAAGCUGGACCACGGCUCCGGGGAGCCCUACCGGCGUGGCCGAUGGACGUGCAUGGAGUACUACGACCGGGACUCGGAUGGGACUUCCGUCUUGGCCCGGACCGGGGAUUGCAUCCGCCACAACAACAACAGUACUUUCGAGCAGGCCGCCCAAGACCGGGACAGUGGCCUGGGCGCCACCGGAGGCUCACUGGCGGCCUCGGGGGUGGCGGCGGACUCCCUGCCUGACAACUCCUUGUCACCGCUUCUCCAGCCGGAGAAGAUAGGCCAGCUCCCUCCACAGCAGCAGCAGCCAGGUUUUGUCAUAGGUGGGGCCGUGCCUCACGGUGCUGCCCCACUGCCACCGGCCUAUUCGGGGGGCCCUGCAGUCAGCCAGCAAGUGAUGGGGCCACCUAUGCUGCAGGGUCAGGCACAAAACAACGGGAAAGCCCUGCCGCCCUCGAAUGUAGCCGGUUUGCCCAUGCCACCCGUGGCGCACCAAGCGAAUGUCCCCAUGGCCCAGACUCAGCAGUUUGCUUAUCCCCAGCCACAGAUCCCGCCGGCGCACUUGGUUCCCACGCAGGCGCCCAACCAGCCGGAAUACAUCCAGCACAUGACGGUCAUGCCGCCUCAAGGAGCCGCUCCGGGCCCUGUCCCGAGCGCCGGGGCUUCCGGUCUUCCGACAGCAGCGCCGGUCGUGGGUCAGAACGUGAUGGGAGUUGCUUCCCAAGCGGGCGAAACCGUGGGACAGGGAUCUGGGCUGAUGCAGAGCGGCUUGACAACUCCGAUGCAGGCUGUCAUUCCUCAGCCAGGAGGUGUGGUGCAGCAAGGCAUGGGCCACGCAGGAGUUGUGCAACAGAAAUCCAUGACUCAGCAGCAAAUGGGUGGAAGCAACCAAGUGGCUGGUGCUCCUCACACGGUCGUCUCCGGAGUCCAGAAUGUGCCUGCAGCUGUACCUGGUCCUAGUGUGCCUAGCGUGUGUACAACUUCUGUUACUAUGCCAAAUGCCUCUGUUACUUUAGUCCAGUCCCAGCUGACCAGCCAUACAUCUGUCAGUCGGAGCUCCAGUGUUGUCCAGCAGCAUGCCGGCCUUCCCCUCAUGCAAGGCGCAACCAACGUACCUGCAAACCUGCCACAAUCUAACAUCGGACAGUUUCAGACUCAACCUUUAGGCCAGAUUGAUGAUACUAGAAGAAAAUCUGAACCCCUACCUCAACCACCACUUUCUCUUGUUGCGGAAAAUAAACUUCUCAUGAAGCCACCUAUUCCAGACACUUUAACAAACCCUCUUAAUUUACCAGCAACUACUCCUAUGAACAGUCUUGCAAGCUCUGUCUUUGGCAUAUCUAUUCCUGUUGAUGGAGAUGAAGACAGGAAUCCUUCAACUACUUUCUAUCAAGUGUUCCAUUCGAACAAGUUAAAGGAAUCAAAGAACCUCUGGGAUAGUGCAUCUGGUGCGAGUGUUGUAGCCAUUGACAACAAAAUAGAACAGGCAAUGGAUCUGGUGAAAAGCCAUUUGAUGUAUGCAGUCAGAGAAGAAGUGGAAGUACUGAAGGAACAAAUAAAAGAAUUAGUUGAAAGAAACUCUUUACUUGAACGGGAAAAUGCACUGUUAAAAUCUCUCUCAAACAAUGAUCAGUUGUCCCAGCUCUCAACCCAACAGGCCAACCCUAGUAGCACUUCUCAACAACAGCAAACAGCGAUAGCACAGCCUCAGCAGCCAAUGCAACCUCCGCAGCAGCCGAAUGUCUCCUCAGCAUAAAGCUUUCUUGCCUCAUUAAGAAACUGAAAGCAAUCUGUCCUUGUGUGCCACUGGUGUUCUUUCCACUUUAUAUGAAAGCUAGUAGCCAUGCUUCAGUUGUGUGUUUCGGCCUUUUCAGUAUUAGACAAUCAUUCUACCAGAACUUUCCCUCACUGAGAUGUCAUGCCACACAGUUGGUGUCUUGUUACACCAACUGUGGUGUGCGCAGGGGGAAAUGAUAGGAGUUACAAUGCAAAAGUCUGCAUUUAUUUGGUGCACAUGAGUGGGGUCUUUAAGAGCUUUGGUGAGGCUCUUAAAGUUUUCCAUUACUCAUGGAUUACUUUGAGCCUUGCUUUUUUUCCACAUAGUAACAAUCCAUCUUUAGAGCCACUGUUAAUUACAAGUAACGUUUGCCUACAUUAGUUUCAUUUAUUUGUGUUUUAUUUAUUACAGGGCUGCUAUUCAUAAUGUACAUGAACAAUGUCACAGAACUUUUAAUUUUUAAAAAAAUAAAUGUAAGUAUCAGCAAAAAUUGAUAGACAGGAUUGAGUUUAAUAGAGAAAAUGUUUAGGCAAUAAUUGAACAAAAGGAUCCUGGCAUAUUUCUAACACUAAUGGCAAUUUACCUUUUGGUAUUUAUUUUCAGUAGUUAAGACCCAGCUUGAAUGUAAAUUUUUGUAUAGUGUAAGUAUGAAGACAUAGUGCAUCUGUACAGGUAGUCUCCAGUCAUUGUGAUAUAAUAAUUGAUGGGCUAUUUUGAUGAAGAAAACUUUGCUCAUUUCUGUUUCUACUUUCUAAUAGAGAAAUUGCCAUGAUUCCUCUGCUUUUUGACAUUUCGUAUGAUUUUUUUUGGGGUGGGAAUAAAAAGCUGUGAAAUUGUUCAACCUACUUUGUAACCAAAGAAGCAAAGCUGUGUAAUUGAGUUUUUAUUUUAUAAUGCACAUUCUUUAUGUAUUUUUAUUUAGUGUUCUCAUUCACAUUUUUCUUUGCUGUCUAGCAUGAUCUGCAUGAACUAUAAUCUUUGAACCACUUUCUUACCUCAUGUUUUAUCCAGCACUCUUAUUGUGAUAUGUAAUAGUCUGUGAACAAUGUCAAAUAAAAAAGAAAGAACAGCUAGUGUUGGUGGAGCUGAGCUGGUGUAUCGCACACUAGUUUGAAAAUGAAGUGAGCCAUCUUUUGUUCAUUUGAAAAUGGUGUUUUGAAUUUCGUAUGCAGAAAACGUUUUGUUACAUUGCAGAUUUUAAUGUAUUUAAUAAAUGCAACAUGCAGAUUAAGUGCAGUGUAUACUGAGUAUUUAAAUUAAAAUGUACAUUUCAUAAAUACAGUUUCAAGAGACCAUUUGUGUAUAUUAACGUAGUAUGUCAGAAGUUGAUGUACAAUAUAUUUUAACACUUUCUGAAAUUAAACUGCAGUUUUGUUGAAA